GGAAAGCAACCGCAUCUCUUUAUGUGUCACAAAAACCUAAACACCGCACAGCUGCUAGCUAGAGCUCCGAGGCCUACUAUAUCGUCGGUUCUUUUACACUUACGGACAUUUUGAUUUGAUUAGGACCAGUCGUUGCUAAGACUAUCAGUGAUUAUCUUGCACUUUUAUUGCAAAUUGACUGAACGAAAGCACCUGAUUUGAUGUGUAUGGCACCCAGACCAGUAGCACCAUGAGUGCAGAGGUGGAUGCUCUGACUGUGGUGAACCAGCUCAGAGACCUCGCUGCUGACCCUCUCAACAGAAGAGCCAUAGUUGAAGAUCAGGGCUGUCUCCCCGGCCUCAUCCUUUUUUUAGACCAUCCUAACCCACAAGUUUUGUACUCUGCAUUAUUGACUGUCCGCUACCUGGCAGAAUGUCGAGCCAAUCGAGAGAAAAUGAAGAGCGAGCUGGGCAUGAUGCUGAGUUUGCAGAAUGUUAUGCAAAAAGGCACGUCACCAGGGGAGACCAAGCUGCUGGCCUCAGAAAUCUAUGAGAUCCUCCAGUCGGCUGGGAAAGAGGCUGAACAGGCGGAGGAAUCUGCAGCCUCCUGUCGACGCAAAGCCCAUUUCUUCUUGGGCUCCAACAACAAGAGGGCCAAGACCGUGGUGCUGCACAUCGAUGGAUUGGACGACUCUAGCCGCAGGGGCCUUUGUGAAGAGGCCUUGCUGAAGAUUCGAGGGGUCAUCAGCUUCACCUUCCAGAUGGCUGUCAAGAGAUGUGUUGUCAGAAUUCGCUCUGACCUUAAAGCAGAGGCUUUGGGGACAGCAAUCAACUCCACCAAGGUAUUGACAGCUCAGCAGGUGGUGAAGACAGAAGAUGGUGGAGAGCGGAUUGUGCCCUUCCAGGAGGGUGCAGCUGUUUUGGUGGAGGAGAACACGGACAUCCCGGACUACCUCCCCGAGGAGGAGAGUCCAUCCCAAGAGCAGGACAAGGCCGUGACACGUGUAGGCUCCAUCACAGAUGGCAUGGGCUGGCUCAGCACUGCUGCUAACUUCCUGUCCCGGUCCUUUUACUGGUGACCACUUCCUGGUCUCCCUCUGUUCCCUGUAAUGCCAUCCAGCUGCAGCCUAAGCAACAGCCUGCUCUCCGUGCUCACUACUCAAGGACCCCAGCUGUGCGCUGCAAAAGCUGGUGCAAUAAUCUAAACUUAAACUGCACAUCUCAACAUUGACCAUAUCUAAGCAACAGGACCAUACAAGUACUACACAACUACUGUGGGGACUGCAAAUACAACACAAACUGAAGAGUAAUCCGAAAAGAUAUAGAAGUAUUGGCAGAGGCUGAUGUUAUAUUAUUGUAUAUUUCUUUUUUGCAUGAUUUUAAAUUGUAUUUUUAAUUUAAUUUUCCUUCCUAAACAUUUCCUUUCCACAUACUAUGGGUUUUGUGCCAAUCAUGUCUAAUGCCUAGAGCUAUGUUGUUGUGUGCCUUUACCAUUUAGAAGCAUAUUGCAUUAUUUUUCAUUUUUAAGAUUAACAAGUAGUGCUUCCUAUUGGUCAAUCGCAGUGCCCGGCCUCUUCCAGCUUACAGCUAUGAAAAUAGAUUUUUAGUAGAAAUAGACACCAGCAAGAGCCUGCAGUUUAUUCAUCAACAUUUUAUUCAUUUUUCUUAAUUUUGCUCGUUUUGAUUUACAAAGGUACACUAAAAGAGGCAAAGAGACAGAGCUCCAAGAUGAAAUUGCACAGACGCAGGCUACCUCUGCUUUCACCUGACUCUCACAUCAGCAUUGUUUGUAGCUUCAAGUAAAUGUAAGGUCUGCAUGAUGAGAAAGUACCAUUUAAAUGUGUCUUUCCUGGUGUUAAACAUUUGUACAGUAUUCUAGGUGCACUUGUUUAGUUUUGUAUGUAACCAAGCCGGCAGUGUCCUUAAAUCCAAGAUCAUGUACAGUAGUUGCGCGCUGCCAUGCUAGCAGUAGUCAGCUGAUUCCUUACCAAUAUUUUAUAAAUGGUGCCUCUACAAUCCGAGACCUUUGAUUUAAAGAACAAUUCUAUUUGCAACUGUUAAUUUCAGUUUUAAACAAAUCCAAUUAUAUCUGUGAUUUCUAUUCAACUUUUAAUGGUAGUGUUGCAAUCCUGUAGCCCCCACAGCCCAGUGACACACUUCAAGUUUAAUUGUAUUUUAUAAUUUGUGUGCAUGUCAUUAACGAUUAUGAUGAGUGCUGAACAAGCAGCAUUUAUUGUAUCUAAGGUGCAGUGAUGUCACAGUCAGUUGAGGUCAAACUAAGGGAAUGACCUGGAUAACCUACAGAACAAACAUGAGCAAGAAAAGCAAUAAAUAUACUUAAAAUCUAGGAUACACACUUCACCUGUAGAUUUAAAGGGAUAUAGCUUUUCCAGUAUUAUACUUUUUACUUAAAAUCAUCUCUUAUUUUUUUUGUGUUCUGACAAAGAACUUGAAAGCUGUUUCUGAGAGUCAACUUUUCAACAUGCAUAAUGUUUCUGUUCACAUUCGUGUUUCAAAAAUUCACAGAAAUGAUAAAUAAGUGUACAGACAUCACACGCUCUUGUCAUUUGUAAUAUAUCUACUGUAAUAAUUCAACACAAUAAAUGUAAAAUCAGUA